UGCUGUCCAUUGUUACCGCUAUACUCUCAGUGGCGUUCACUUCCGUUAUAUUUCUCUUCUUUCCAUGCCGGCUGCUAUUGUAUUUCUCGUGGCGGUCAACCCAGGCUGACACUUCCCACCUCUAGGUCUGCUCCGAGGAGCUGGAUUCUAUUAUACAUACUUUACAUGUCAAAUAGCCAGCCAUAUCCAUUGUCCGAAUCUCAACCUAGCUGAGUGAUUUACCAGCCAGCCUCCAGAAAAUGGCGGAAUCCGUAGACACGCCAGUAGCGACGGACGCGCACGUAACGCGCCCGGAGGGCUGGAUUUACCGAGGUGUCAAGGUCGGCGGGAGGGAGCUCUGGUAUGCGUCGCCGAAGAUCCAGCUACUGAUGGUGGCCCUGGUGUGUUUCCUGUGUCCCGGCAUGUACAAUGCGCUCGGCGGUCUCGGUGGUGCUGGUCAGGUCGACCCUACCGUCCAGGACCACGCCUCGACCGCGCUCUACUCUGUCUUCGCCGUCGUCGCCUUCUUCUCCGGUUCCUUCGCCAACAAGCUCGGCGUCAAGACCACACUGUCCUUCGGCGGCCUCGGCUACUGCAUUUACGCUGCUAGCUUUCUGUGCUACAACCACACCCAGAAUGUCGGCUUCGUCGUCUUUGCCGGCGCCUUCCUCGGUCUCUGCGCCGGCAUGCUCUGGACCGCCCAAGGCGCCAUCAUGAUGUCCUACCCCCCCGAGCAGUCCAAGGGCCGCUAUAUCAGUUGGUUCUGGAUCAUCUUCAACCUCGGCGCCGUCAUCGGCAGCUUGAUCCCCCUCGGCCAGAACAUCAACAACACUGGCGGCACCGUCACCGACGGCACCUAUGUCGGAUUCAUCGUCCUCAUGUUGGUUGGCGCCGCUCUGGCCGUGCUUCUCGUCAAUGCCGACAAGGUCAUCCGAGAGGACGGCUCGAAGGUUAUCGUGAUGAAGAACCCCACCUGGCAGAGUGAGUUUAUCGGGCUGUGGGAAUGCAUCUCUCUUAGCCCCUGGGUCAUCGCGCUGUUCCCCAUGUUCUUCGCCUCCAACAUCUUCUACACCUACCAGCAGAACGGAGUCAACGGUGCCCACUUCAACGUCCGCACCCGUUCGCUGAACAACCUGCUCUACUGGCUCUCGCAAAUUUUCGGCGCCGUCAUCUUUGGAUAUGCCCUCGACUACCCCAAGAUUCGCCGGUCUAUGCGUGCCAAGAUCUCGUUUGUCGCCUUAUUCUCCCUCACCUUCAUCAUCUGGGGAGGCGGCUACGAAUGGCAGCGACAGCAGGUCUCGCGCGAGGUCACUACCACGGACGAAUACACCCCUCAAAGGGUCGACUGGACCGGGUCCAACUUCAUCGGGCCUAUGUUCCUGUACAUAUUCUACGGCAUGUACGAUGCUAUCUGGCAGACUUGCAUUUACUGGUACAUGGGCGCUCUGUCCAACUCGGGGCGGAAGACGGCCAACAUGGCUGGUUUCUACAAGGGCCUCCAGUCUGCUGGCGCCGCUAUCUUCUGGCGCUUGGAUGGUCUGCACACCGAAUUCAGCACCUUGUUCGCUGCUACGGUAAGCCGCGUCGCGCCGCGCCCUAUCCUCUUCGGCAACGUUGCCCCUAUUCGCUAACCGUAACGAUUCUAGUGGGGCGUUUGCGCCGCAUCUUUGCUCAUCGCGGCUCCGAUCAUCUUCCUCAAGAUCGAGGAUACGACCGACAUCGAGACAGACCUAAAAUUCAGCGACGAGACCGCCGAUGACGUCAAAGCCGCCAACACGUUGCCCGAAGGGAAAGAAGUUGUCUAGACAUACUUUUGUUUUCCCUCGAGACGAGUAUAGUUAUCGUGCUUGAUUAUACUUGUAGUCGAUUAUAAGUUACACGGGUUCGGGAGGGGGGUUAAAGGGGGGGAACCCUAAAGUGGCUGAGUUAUCGGACCAGCUAAGGUAAUGCGAAGUUACGAGUAGGUGAUGGACUCU